GAAAGCUUGCAUCCCAGCAUCCAUCGCAGACGUACACCUGUACCAUCGCUGUCAUUUUUGCUAUUUGUUUGUCCAUUCUUUUUUCAGUGUGUUUUAUUUAUUGCAAUCGAUCCUUUGUCUAGCAGAAACUCCCCAUUGCAUAAUACCACAACAUUUUUCUUGAUUACCCAUAUUUAGAGAGCUCAGAACACGUGAGCACCAAGAAGGAUGUCUAGAUAUAAUGAUUAUAGGAGGUAUACACGGUCCUCAGAUAACGGUAGCCUGCCCACGACCAUUCAACAAUAUGGUCCUUCUGCUUCUUCAACAAAGCCUACCAACAGCCUUUUAUCGCCAGCAAGAUUGAGUGUUAGCUCAGCAAGCCUUGAUAGCAGAGCAAAAUUGGCUGAACUGGGAUCAGGAGCUUCGGGAGAAUGGGGGCCGAUGACGACAGGGCCGGAGGAGGAUGAUUGGAUGCAUAAUCCAGAUCCCAUAAAAAAUCGUAACUAUGAUCGAGGAACGAUAUUUACACCACGUGGCCUCAUUAACGUCGGGUGCCUCGUCAUGCUUAUUCUGUGCCUGGUGACCCUUUUCGCAGGGUACCCGAUCAUCACCCACUUCACAGACACAGAGAUCAAGACAAACGGCGCGUACAACAUAGGGGGUAUCAACUCGACUGGCCAGGUACCUCUUAUAUCGAACAUCCCUACUGUGAUUGACAGCGAUACACCAGUAGACAAGUACACGCGAACAGGCUUCGACGGGAAGACAUAUAGUUUGGUCUUUUCGGAUGAGUUUGAAAAGGAAGGGAGAACGUUUUUUCCUGGUGACGAUCCUUUUUGGACUGGGGUCGAUAUCCACUACUGGCCAACAGGCGACUUUGAAUGGUACGACCCCGCAGCAAUCACCACUAAAGAUGGUCAUCUAGUCAUCACACUCGAUCAGCAAAACAUCCAUGACUUAAACUUCCGAUCCGGUAUGCUUCAAUCAUGGAAUCAAAUAUGUUUCCAAUACUCUAUCUACAUUGAAACCUCCGUUUCUUUACCGGGCAAUAACAGAGUUGGCGGGUUUUGGCCCGGUAUAUGGAUGAUGGGUAAUCUCGGGAGACCAGGAUACGGAGCCACGACAGACGGGACAUGGCCUUAUUCGUACGAUUCAUGCGAUUACGGGACGCUAGCGAACCAGACCAAUCCAGAAGGCACUGGGCCAGAGGGAGCUUUGACAUCUGGGUCAGACGAUAGUGCCAUUUCCUACCUGCCUGGACAGAGAAUGUCUUCGUGUACUUGUCAAGGAGAAGACCAUGCAGGGCCAGAUGUGACUUAUGGACGUGGUGUACCAGAGAUCGACAUCCUCGAAGGACAACUUGACCUGUCUGUUGACAAGGGCCAAGUUAGUCAAAGUGCUCAGUUCGCUCCCUUUGAUUAUGGAUACCAAUACCUCAAUACUUCUAAAGGAGCUAUUCAAUACGAUACAGACAUCACAAUGUGGAACUCGUACAAAGGUGGAACAUAUCAGGAAGCGGUAUCAUCUUUGACUUAUAUCGAUAGCGAUAAUUACAUGGGGACUAGUGGCGGGUUCGGUAUCUAUGCAUUUGAGAUGUUUAGCGAUCCCAACGAUAGAGACUCGGGUUACAUCACAUGGGUUGCGAACGGUGAGAAAUCAUGGACGAUGUACCCUGCCGCUGUGGGACCCUUGUCCUCCAUGAAUAUCGGUCAACGACUGAUAUCUGAAGAGCCAAUGGCAAUGGUCAUAAAUUUUGGGAUGUCCAAUAAUUUUCAAGCUAUCGAUUUUAGCAACCUCAUCUUCCCCUCGGAGAUGCACGUUGAUUAUGUGAGGGUGUACCAGCGGUCAGAAGGAAGGAUGGGGUGCGAUCCCGAUGAUCGACCGACUGCCGCUUACAUUGAGAAACACGCCAACGCAUAUAAUAAUCCUAAUUUUACAACCUGGGAUAUGGCCGGUUAUACUGUGCCUAAAAACUCACUUAUUGACUCUUGUUAAAUCACGACUUUACGACUUGAUACGAAUUUCCGCAAUCGCAAAAGAACAUAUGUCGCUCUCUAAUUAACACCAUGUUAAUCCUGUAAUAUCUUAAAGAAAUAACUGUUGAACUGUUGUAUAUCUGGGCAAAAGAUGUAUAUUAACAUUGAUAAUGGAGAAGAAAGGACAUAUUGAGUCUCUAACCACUGUGUAAUGCAUACAUCUCCCACUUAUUCCUGCUCAUCCAUAAUUUGAUCUACCAACAACUUUUGUUCCUCAUCCAAUCCCAUAUCAGGAAUGUCAACCUUGGCACCCACAGGCGCCUUACCUUCCUUUAUCUUCACUUCGUCCUUUUCUUGUCGAUGUUGUCCCUCCUCUGCGCCUCCGUGCCAACCACCGUCAUCCUCCCCAUCCGUCACCGCCGGAUCACCCGCAUCAUUUCCUACUGGCGCUCUCAGAUCCUCAGCGAGUGGCGCCUCUUCUCCCUUAGGAAUGAAAACCGCUGAAGACUCUUCCAUCUGAACUUCCGGCGCGGGGCCCACGGGUGCAACUGUCUUUUCCUCAGGAGGGGGAUCUUGCUGGAAGACGUUUUGGAUAGGUUCUGGAACUUCUUCGAUGAGUGUAGUGGUGGCUGAGUCGGGGCCGAGAUCGGUAGGAGCGAUUUUUUCGCUGGAAAUGGCGGAUUGGGAGUUGUACAUGCUAGUGUUUUCGUAAAAGUCGUUACUGCAUUUUCACAAGAUUAUUAGCAGUGGGUUUCA